AUGCCUCAUAUAUCACUGCGCUGGCUUCUGGGCUCGGGAGCACUGCUUCUGGCACUAUUUGCAAUUGUCUUUGACUCGUUCCAAGCAUUCAUACUAUAUGAAUAUGACUUCAACCUACCAAAUGCUAUAUUCGCGGCUCCUGUCGUCGUGGAUCCGCGGCACGAUAUUGAGUAUAAAGGCAGCCUCGCACCGGGCGUCGAGCAUUUCCAAAACAUCUUUUAUGCGCAAGACACAUCGGGCCAGAACCGCUUUGCUCGGCCGGUCCCGCUCCGGUACGCCCGGGGCUCCGUCGUCGACGCCACAAAGGAGGGCGCCUGGUGUCCGCAGGGAACCGGCGACGUGCUGCCCUUUACGAGCCGGGUGAGCAAUAUCAGCGAGAACUGUCUCAGCCUGCGCAUCGCCCGGCCACGGGGCACCAAACCAGAAGCCAAGCUCCCCGUCAUGGUCUGGUUGCACAGCGGCGGACACGCGCUCGGCUCCGCGUACGAGGUCCUGUACACGCCGGACGGCAUCGUGCGACAGGCAGCGACUGACGGACGUCCUCUCAUCUUUGUCGCUAUCAAUUAUCGCCUCGGCAUUUUCGGGUUCGCAACCAGUGAGGCGUUGCGUGAGGCCAAGCAGACCAAUGUCGGACUCCGGGAUCAGCGCGCAGCCCUCGAAUGGGUGCGCGACAAUAUUGAGAUAUUUGGGGGAGAUCCAGAGCAGGUGACGGCCAUUGGGCAUAGCGUGGGAGCCAGCGAUAUUGGCCUACAUUUGACCUCGUACGGCGGAACCAAGGGCGUGCCGUUCCAGAGCGCCGUCAUGAUGUCUGGUUCCCCGGGCGUCAACUUUAAUACGAUGUCGGACCUUGUGGCUAACAACACAGCCGAUGUUGCUCGAAAGGUUGACUGCAUCGAGGGCAGCGGUAGUCAAUCCCCCGAGACGUUGGCCUGCUUGCGUAAUGUUCCUUUUGAAAUACUCACCAAUGUCUCGGUCACUGCCGCUCGUACGGCCCGCCCAAUGUUUGGCGAGGGCUUCUUUCAUCCUACGUACGAUGAUGAUUUUAUUCUCGAUCGAGCAUCACAGCUUAUACGCGCCAGAAAAGUCGUCAAGGGUGUUCCGAUUAUUGCGUCUUGGACCACCAAUGAUGGGGCCUGGUAUCCUCGGCCCACAACAUCGACGGACGAAGAAGUACUUUCAAGCUUCAGUCUCUGGCUCAUCGGUCUAUCCGAGUCCACAAAGCAGAAGCUCCUCGGGCUCUAUCCCCUCAAAGAUUUCAAGGCAAUGGUACGACCAGACCACGACAGGGGCGUCUCGCCACAAUACUACCGCGCCGCGCAACUCAGCCGCGACCUCUGGUUUACCUGCCCGGUGCUCGACUUUGCGUGGCAGUACCUCAAGCACGGCGGCGUCGAGCCAUCACAGGUGCGCCUAUACGAGAACAACAUGACACAGUUCACGCCCAUCUACGAAUAUGCCAUGAAGGUGCCCAUGUGGCGUGUCUCCCACCUGAGCGACAUUCCGUACGUGCUCAAUAUCCAAAAGCUCCCCAAUGCGGACAAUAGUCGUCCCCAACUGGAGAGAGCCCUGGAGGUUAGUCGGCGGAUCGUCAGGUUUGUUACUACGGGAAGUGCAGACGAGGACUGGCCAGCAGCUUUUGAUGGCGUGACCAAGACAGAGCUGGAGAGCGAGUCACCCUCAAAGAUCUCGCUUGAGCUGUUCAUGCCACACGGCUCCUUUCCUGUGACGUCCCUCAGGUCUCAAGAAAGCUCUACAGUCAGCGAGACUGAAGCCAAUUUGGAACAGCUGUUCCAAAGGUGUGAUUUUAUUAAUAGCCUAGAGGUUCGAAGGGAAAUGGGAGUGUAA